UCCACCCCCUGACCUGGUUCCUCAGUAUGAGUUCUUCUCCGCUGGGUUCCCGUGGCAACAUGGACAUUCUGGAGGAGCUGCAGCUGAUCGCAGCCCAGAACCUGGAGAGGCUAGAGAUCAACAAGUACUAUGAUGUCAUCAGGGAGCUGGGCAAGGGCACCUACGGCAAGGUAGACCUGGUCAUACACAAGAUCAGAGGUGAGGACACACAUGCACAUGCACACAUACACACACUAGACUUGAUCUUGAGGAUACACACAUUUAACAUGAUUAUUCACUAGUCCAUUAAACUACAGCUCAUAAAUCUACAGGAUUACGUGUAGCAUGAUCAACUAUAACAAUCAUUCAUCUCUCACAUGUUGUUAUCCCCCCAGGCACCAAGAUGGCCCUGAAGUUCCUGAGGAAGAAGACGACCAAGCUGAAGUCGUUCCUGAGGGAGUACAGCAUCUCUCUCUACCUCUCUCCCUGUCCCUUCAUCAUUAACAUGUUUGGGAUCGCCUUCGAGACUGAUGACUACUACGUGUUUGCCCAGGAGUAUGCCCUGGCUGGGGACCUCUUCGACAUCAUCCCUCCACAGGUACAAAGAGACAGAAAUACAGGGAUGCUUAUUUGGGAUGUUCUGUUAUAAUGGCUAUGUAGGUUAUGUUGUAAACAUGAAUUGGCUCUUAAUAAUGUUCAAUGACAGUUUAUAAUAGCUUUUUGUCACAUUGCUUGUAAGGUUCCAGGUUCCAGUGCUUCAUAACACAUUUAUAGUGGUUGUCAUUACAGACGUCUUUGAGGUUUAUAUUGUUUUCUAACCUCCUCCCCUCUCCAUCCAGGUUGGUCUCCCGGAGACGGUUGCUAAGCGCUGUGUGCACCAGAUUGCCAUCGCCCUGGACUACCUUCACUGUAAGAAGUUGGUGCACCGAGACAUCAAGCCUGAGAACAUCCUCAUCUUCGACCGCGAGUGCCGCAAGGUCAAAUUGUCCGACUUCGGCAUGACACGCUGCGCUGGCUCGCCGGUCAAACGUGUGAGUGGGUCAAAUCACAUGCAACUUUAUUUAAAAAUACAAAAGUAGCGAACUGUAUGGGAAAUAGGGUGUCGUUUGAGAUGCAGAAAUUACCAAGUAUGUCAUAAAAGAGACCAGACCUCAUGGGAGCCAACUUAAAUAAAGAAUGAAAUCUUCCUCAUCAAUAAACAAAUAUUAUUUAUUCCUCUCCUCCCAGGUGAGCGGUACCAUCCCGUACACGGCUCCGGAGCUGUGCGAUGCGUCUCGCCACGAGGGCUUCUGCGUGGACUACAGCACGGAUGUGUGGGCUUUUGGCGUCCUCCUCUUCUGCAUGCUGACCGGUAACUUCCCCUGGGAGAAGGCCCUUCCCUCCGACUCCUUUUACCAGGAGUUCACCCGCUGGCAGAGACACUGCACGGGCACCGUACCCUCGCAGUGGCGCCGCUUCACAGAGCAGGCCCUCCGCAUGUUCCGCAGGCUCCUCUCUGUAGAGCAGGGCAGACGCUGCUCCGUCAAAGAGGUGUUUGGCUACUUCAGCCACAGCUGGAUGCUGGAUGGAGACAGCAACGGGAAUGGAGGAGGGGGUGGAGAGAGAGAGAGGGAGAGAGGAGGAGGGGUGAGGGUGGAGGGGGAAGGGAGAAGUACGUCAUCCUCGUCUGGAGAGGACGAUGAAGACAUGCUGGUGGAGAGGAUGAAACAGCAGACUCUGUCUCCUCUCUCUCCUCUGUCUCCGGUGUCUGUGGAGAGGGGGACUGGGGGGACGAAGGCAGGGAUGAUGGAGUCAGGUGGAGGACACCAUUUUGUGUCUGUUUCCACCACCAGC